AUGAAACCCUCAACUCUCUUCCUGGCGGCUCUCGCACCCGCCGCUGUCCUGGCCGAUCCCCUCCCGCGCGCCAACGUCAACCUCGCUCACAACGCCGAUACUCUGGCCCAGCGCUCUCCCUUUGCGACGAUACCGGAGCCACACAGAUAUCACACACGGAGUUCUGCAGACUCGGAGGUGCAAGUGGUCACACUCGACAAGCGUGUCGCUAGGCAUAUCCUCCAGGCUCGCAGUGAAGGCUCGCUCGGCCAGACGCCGUGGAUCGGUAUGGCGAUUGGCUUGACGUGUACAGCACUGGCAGCCGUGAUGUUGGGUUAG